AUAAAAUUGCGAUAAAAACAUUUAUAAAAUAAUACCGAACGAACAAUAACUAAGUGUAGAAAUAUUUAUUCCAAAAAUAUUUUUCGAUGUGCGGUUAGAUUUAAGAAAAAAAAAAAAAAAAAAAAGAAAAAAAUAUCCUCAGUAUAUUGUUAAUCUUAGUAAACAUUUUAAAUACACGGAUCUCUGGCUAAUGUAAACUAUGUGAAGCAAUUUUGCGGUGUUGAUGGAAAUGCUGACAACAUGCAACGGAAGAUUGUUUUAACAACUGCUUGAAACAUUACUUUUAAAUAUAUAAUAAUAACAACAACAACAACAACAACAACAACGUUUCAUUUUUCACGCUUCCAGUACCCAGUUAUGUUCAUUUUGUCAAAGCUUUUGCAACAUUCAGAACGAAAAAUCAAAAUGAUAAUUACUCGGGAAAGUUAUGAGUGCUGCACUCUUAUUUCGUUUAUAAUAAUCUUAUUAGCAUUUCCCAUAUCAGCCCACAACAAGGAGAUACCCAAUUGUAAUUACGAAGAUACCGUAGAUUUAACGAAUGUUCAAAAAUUCGAAAAUGAUUCGUAUUAUUAUGAAUCGGCGAUUCUUAUACCGCCCGAACGCAUUGGUUAUUAUGAUUUUGAAGAGUUGCACAAUGGUCGACGCGUACCUGUGAAACCCCAUUUACGAGGAUGCGUUUGUGAUAAAUAUCGUUGUUUGAAAUUUUGCUGUCAUCCCACCAAAGAGUUAAUAGCUGAUGAAACGCGACAAUGCGGCGAAUAUUUGCAAAAGGAAAUCGAAUAUGAUCCGCAUUUGAGUGUUAUUUUGAAGAAUGGCAGCCGCUCAAAUUUGCAUGCACUAAAUGAUUUUUUCAUAGUGCAAGGAGUGCCCUGCGAAUAUGCCUAUGCCGUGGUACCCGAAGAAGAUGAUUUGGAUGGCUGGGAUUUAUUUGAGAACGGCACGUUAUACCGUCACUACGAUAAAGCUUAUAUUCGUAAACGCGAUUAUUGCAUACAUCCGUAUCAAUUGGAGACUGGCGAAUGGGUUUUAAAUCCCAUGAAUUGUCCGGUCGAGAAUGUCGCCUCUCUAUCGAGUCAAAUUAACAACAUAGCGAUGGCCAUUUCAGUGCCAUUUAUUAUAUUAACAAUUUUAGUUUACGCAUUUCUACCGGAGCUAAGAAAUCUGCACGGAAAGUGUUUAAUAUCGUAUUUAACAUCAUUGGCGAUUGGCUAUAGUUUACUUUGUACCGUAACCCUAACUCAUGCGAUUUUUCCUCCCAUAAGCUGUUCUCUGUUGGGUUAUUCGGCCUAUUUUUUCUUAAUGGCGGUAUUCUUUUGGCUAAGCAUCAUUAGUUACGAUCUGUGGCAAAAUUUCCGCUUUACCGGCUCGAAGCGUUUAACUCAACGUAAACGUUUUCUAAUGUACUCUCUAUAUGCUUGGGGUGGUCCAUUAAUUUUAACUGUUUGCGUUAUUAUAGCACAAGCUUCGAAUUUAGAAAAUAGUCUUAAACCGGGCAUAGGUGACGAAUAUUGUUGGCUUAAAACUGAUGACUGGUCAGCGAUGAUAUACUUUUUUGGCAUUAAUUUGGUUAUAAUUAUUGUUAACGUGUUUAUGUUCGUUUUUACUAUGACCAAGAUUAUACAAAUACAAAAAGAAUUGCAACGUGCUUUAGAUAAAGAGGAAAAGACCCGUCAUUUGCGCACUCAUCGUAAUAAUGUGGCCUUAUUUCUGCGUCUCUUCAUAAUAAUGGGUAUAUCGUGGCUAUUGGACAUUAUAUCGUAUCUAGUGGGUCAUAAUUCAGAUAAUUCAGGCAACUUUAUCUUUUAUAUAUCCGAUUUUAUGAAUGCCAUACAGGGUGUCUUGAUAUUUAUAUUAUUCGUGUUGAAGCCAAAAGUUUGGAAAUUAUUAAAAGGCAGAAUAUCAACUUUACGUGGCCGCGAAUCCAACGAACUUAGCCGACGUGUCACCUUACAAACUCAGAUAUCGAAAACCAAAUUAAAUGUAUUACUACCAAGAAAUUAAAAAUUAAUAAUCACUUCGCGAUGACGAUUUGAAAAUAAUUUCAAUUCAAGUGUGAAUUUGAAAUUCAAAGCCUGAUAGCCUGCAUACCAAAUAUUUUAUACAACUCGAUAACACUUAUUUAAUAAUAGAAGAGAAGCAAUAGAGUUAGACAAGUAGAUUAAGACAAGUAUUAAUCGAUCGUAACAAAUUUAAUUUAAUUGGAACAAUUAA